AUGGGCACUCUUAUUUUGCGUUGUUUCCUCCUAAAUCUGGUAUACUGUUUGUUUGAAAACCUAGCCCUAUAUAAUCUAUGCGCUUUUGCUCAAAAUGGACUAGUCAUACCUUUUCUUGAUAACCAUCCAACCUCAAACGCUAACUGCGAGCAUGCUGUACGGGAAAUUCAAUACCAAAUAGUGCAAAAUGGGAAAUCAGAGAGAGAAAAAUCACCAGACAACUCUUUAUUUCUAAGCAAUAAAACAUCUGCAAACCACCAGUUUUUUGGGACUGAUGAAGACGGGAGAAUUGUGUCUGCAUACAUUCCACAAUGUCGUGUAGACCGACCAGAUUUAUAUGUUGCUCGACAAUGUAAUGAAUAUGACUGCUUUUGUGUCAAUGUAACCACUGGAGAAACACUAUUGGGUACACGUGCCAGCCCUGUUGAGGUUGGAGAUUGUUCUACAGCUGUUUAUUCAGUCUUACUUGCUUUACACCUGCGAAGUAUCCUACCGACUUCCGUUGUUGGUGAGCCGCGUCAACAAAGUUCAUCUGAGACUGGUAAUGUUGAUAGUAUGGUAUGGGAUUCCGAUGCCUCCUUAAAGUCACAUAUAAAAAAUAGCAUAGAAAGAAUUUUACGUUCAGCUGUUGGAUUUCAACAAGUAACAAAGGUUACGCGCAUAUCCGCCACUCCAGAUAUCCAAAAUUUGCAUAACAAUUCGGAAUUCGCAUACUAUCAAGUGCAGCUGACCUCUACUGGUCACAGCUCUUUGCAAGCACCUCAAGAUCUUUUGGAAAAUCGCCUUCACGAAGGGUUUUUAUCAGACGUCGGUGCUGUUGAUCCACGUAUAAGCCAUGUAAAAGUUUUAGAACCUAAAAUUCCAGACCCAGCACCUUUAGCAUCUCAUGAAUCUGAAGAUUUAUUAUCAGACAAACAAAAUAAUUUUGAUUUUUCUGAAAAUGAAAUGCCUCAACAACAACACCAACAGUCUAAAUCUUCAAUACCAUCAGUUGGGCAUAAAAUGGUUGCAGUGAGAAGUUCAGAAAUAGGCGAAAAUUCCUAUCUUGGUUCACACGAAGCAUCAAGUUUAGAAUCUUUAGGUCCUAAGUCAUCAUCAUCCUCUGAAAACGUUGCGCAUAAACUUGGACCUUUUGAACUGAAUGUUUUAAGCGGCAGUGUACCAGCUGUACGUCAAACAUCAAUACAUAGUAGAUCACUUCAUCAUUCGUGGAAUUCAGGGACAUCAACAUCAAAGAUUUUAAGUCAACCUGGUGUAAUAGCUGGUAUCGUUGGAAGUGUAGUACUUGUCUUACUAUUGCUAAUUUUACUUAUUCUAUUCUGUAUUUAUCGUUUACGUAAAAAAGAUGAAGGAUCUUAUGCUUUGGAUGAACCGAAAAAAUUACCUACCGUUGAUACUUAUACAAGAGCACCAACAAGAGAAUUUUAUGCUUAA